AUGGCCACUUCCAUUUCUGCGACUGGGUUCAGAGAAGGGUUGUGUUCGUCAUCCUUCCAUGGGAGCUGGGGAUCAUCGAUCUCCGGCGGAGAGUACUCCAUGCUGACCAAGUCAGUCCCGGCGCGCGUUCGAGUUGGGAAGCCGGUAAGGUCGAUGCCGGUGAUGAAGAAUGUCAAUGAAGGGAAGGGUCUCUUCGCCCCAGUCGUCGUUCUGACGCGUAAUAUCAUCGGCAAGAAGCGGUUCAAUCAGUUCCGAGGCAAAGCCAUCGCUCUGCACUCUCAGGUUAUUACUGAAUUCUGCAAAUCAAUAGGAGCAGAUGCAAAACAGAGACAAGGACUGAUUCGACUAGCGAAAAAGAAUGGAGAAAGACUUGGGUUCCUUGCUUGAUGGAAAGAGCCAUGUAAUUUCUCUGUUUUCAAGAGGGUCUAUGUAUCUGAGUUCAUAGUUUGAGGUGCUCAAACACAUACUUUGGUAGUUGGAAUGUAAACCGUAUGGAAGCCUGUUUCUUUCUGCACUUUAAAUCCAUUAGUUUUGCUAAAA